AUACCUACUUUGAUAGACCGGAAGGUUUGUGAACGCGCAUCCGCAGGCGCGCAGAUCGUUUUCUGCUGAAGCCCCUCUCAGCCAACCAGCUGGUGUCAUCCUCGGUGCAUGCCUCAAUUUACCAACGUGUGUGAAGGAGUCAAGACAGAAAGCAACGAACACAUAAACCUAAAGGUAGCAGGUCAGGAUGGAUCUGUGGUGCAGUUCAAGAUCAAAAGACACACGCCGCUCAUCAAACUCAUGAAGGCCUACUGCGAGAGACAGGGACUUUCAAUGAGGCAAAUCAGGUUCAGAUUUGAUGGACAGCCAAUAAAUGAGACAGACACACCAGCACAGUUGGAAAUGGAAGAUGAAGACACAAUUGACGUGUUUCAACAGCAGACAGGAGGCCUGAUUUAAUCACAGCCACGUGCAUCACCAUUUUCCUCCUUAACACAACCAGCCUUCCCGGGCCUGUAAUACACAGCGGCUGCUUCUUUGCAACUUGUCCUAAUAUCUCAACAGAAUUCCAUGCAGAAGAAGUCAUUUUUCUGCUACACAUAACUGCUGUAUAGUAUAUAUUUUCAUUCUUGCCCUUGUUACUUUUCUGUUUUUGUACAUAAACCACAUCCAGAUCACCAUGAAUUCAGGUUUUGUUUGUUGAUGCUGUAUUGUGGUAAAUGUUAAGGACUUCCCUUCCCAAUUUGAAGGGCUUCUUCUAAGGUUGCAGACAGAUGGGACUGGCAAGAGUGAGAAUUAACCCACUUUACCAAUCAAAUGUCGUUGGUCUAGGCUUGGGUCAGUGUCUAUUCAUAAAAUGUACUAUUUUGGGACUGGCUAUCACUUAGUACAACCAGUACACCCAGUUUGGGAGUGGGGCCGGAUUGCCAUUUGGUUUCAGUUAUCUUCAGAAAAUUUAUUUGAUUUUAUACAUUUUAUAUAGUAGUGGAUGUGUAGAAAAAAAUUAUGAUUAAUCGUCUGACUAGGCCACGCUUCAACUUUUGGGAAGCCUGAAAAGAUGUUUCGGUUAAAUAAACAUCUGUUUUGUCUAUUAAGAUGCCUGUUAAAAUAAAGCUAUUGUCUUUUUCCAAACUUCCACUAA